AAAAACAGCAAGAAAAGCACCCCUCCUCUCCCUUCGUUGUUUGUUUACCGAAUUGACUUCUCUCUCUUCUUCCAUUCUCUCUCUCUCUCUCUCUGUCUAAGAGAAUCGUAAAAAUGGCGACCUCAGCUCUCCGAUCCCUCCUCGUCGUCUUCCUCCUGGCCGCCACCGCCUCCGCUCGCCCCUGCAAAACCAUUUUCUAUUUCUCCGCCACCACCACAACUACUUAUUACCCUUUGAAUUCCGUCAAUGCAAACCCUAACCCCAAUUCUCUUCUCCGUGGCGAAAACCCCCGCUAUCUCACUUUCAUCUUCACCACCACCGCUAGGUUUCCGAGCCACCGCCCCUUCCUCAAUUUCGAGUCCAAUGACCAAUUGGAUGAGGAUUCCCAAUCAUCGGUGAUGACGUCGUCGGAUUUCCCCCUCAAAUUCUACUCCUCUGUUUCUAGCUCCAUGCGAGAUCGCACCAGGGACAUCAUGAGCGUGGUGGGAGCGCUUCUGUUUGGGGUCGGCUGUGGGGCCCUCUCCGCUGCUGCCAUAUACUUCCUGUGGGCCCUGUUUACAACCCAUCGCGUUGAUUUUGACGAUGUUUCUUCGUCCUCUUCUGAUGAUGACGAUGACGAUGAUGUUACUGUUUCCAAGAAGCUGGGCUAUGUAGCGAUCCCUACGAAACCUAAGCUGGUUGAUGAUGACCUCAAGAAGCCAGCAUUGCCAGCCAAGGAGGUGGUUUGAUGAUUGAGUGAUUAUUUUUCAAGUAAUCAUCAAUGAACCUAAUGAAGGCAAAUUAAGUUAUAUACGGCUCUGUACUAAUAUAUUUAUUUUGUACUAUUGUUGCUACUGCAUAUUGUGAAUUGAUGACCAUGAUACUUUUGUGCUUAUUGUUAAACAUUUCUUGUUGCUGAUUUUA